CUUAUCUCAUAAUCUCUUUAUCUCAUCUCAUUCACCACUCUCUCUCUCUCUCUCUCUCUCACAAAUCACAAUGGUUUUUCCUCUCAAACUCACCAAAUUCUACGGCUCAAGCCUUCCCCGUCCACGAAUCUACGUCAACCCUAACGGUAACGAACGUAUAGAUCCCCCUAUCUCCGUUACCGACCCACUCAUGUCAUGGGCUCAAGAAGCCCAUUGGUCCAUGGGUGGUGUCAGCUUCAAACGUCUCCGUCUCAUGGGUAAAAUCGAAGGCAACAUUGGAAGACUCCGUAAUCAACGUGAAAAAGAAGACAAAGAAUUCAAAGCCCAAGCCCAUAACAAAAGCCCGAUCUCUAACUCUGAUCUUCCCAGAUCUAAGAUUUCUGAUUCACCUUUACCUUCUAAAUCUCCUUCACCACCGCCUGCUCCUAUUGCUUCCAAGCGUCGUAGACUUGUUACUCUUCUUGAGGAAGAAGAAAAAGGUGAAGAAAUUAGGGUUUCAGCUCCGGUUACUCGUAGGAGAAGAUUGGUGAAGAAGCUUGGUGAUGAUUUUGAUAGAGUUGCUUCUCCUGAGAAUAAGAAAUCUGAUGAGGUUGUGGUUUCUGAUUCGACGGUGGUGACGCCGAAGAGAAGUAGGAGAUUGGUUAAAAUUGGUGAUGCUGGGAAGAAGAUUGUUGAAGAGAAAGAGAAUAAGAAGGUUGUUGUUGUUGUUGAAGAGGGAGAGAAAAGCCCUAAUUCUGGGAUUAGGGUUAGAACUUCUCCAAGAUUGGCUAAGAUUAAGUGAUUUGAGUUUAAUUAGGGUUUUGUAAUAUAAAUUGUGUCAAGUCUUUUAUUAUCUUAGUUAAUCUUCUUUUUUCUUUUCUUUGUUGUUAGUUUAUGUAGAAGCUGGGUUCAUUUGUGAACAAGAAAAUGAAAAUAGAUUAUCUUUGAGAUUAAUUAUGAUUACUCCUUUGAGAUUUUAUAAUAUGAUAUUUUUGUUUCA